AUGAUGAACACAUGCAUGUUCCCCUUCCAAUUUCCAAAACUCACCAAAGAGAAUUAUGAGAAUUGGUUUGUUAGAUUGAAAGCAUUACUGGGUUUGCAGAAUGCAUGGGAGAUUGUUGAAAAGGGUUUUGAGCAGCCUGAAGAUGAAGGAGCCUUGUCUCAAGCAAAAAAGGAUGCUUUACAAAAAGCUCAAAAGAAGGAUCAGCAAGCAUUAAUGUUGAUUCAUAUGUGUUUGGAUGAAGGCAUGUUCAAGAAGAUUUCGAGUGCAAUGACCGUGAAGCAAGCAUGGGAGAUUUUGCAGAAUUCUCUUAAAAGAGUUGAUAAGGUGAUAAAGUCACUCGAUGCAAAAUUUCAGUAUAUUAUUGUUGCUAUUGAGGAAUCAAAAGACAUAGAGACUAUGACGAUUGAUCAACUCAUGGGUUUUUUGCAAGCUCAUGAGGAAAGGAUGAAUGAAAAGGAGCCACAACCUCAAGCUUUUAUGUCAAAGCUUUCAUUGAAAGAAAAAGAUGAUGGUAGUGAAUCUGUCCAAGCAGGAAGAGGACGAGGCCGAGGACGUGGUCGAGGUCAUGGUAAUUAUCGUGGUCAUGGAAGAGGAAGGUUUGAUAAGGGCUCAUCCAACUUUGAACAAGCAGAUCAAAAGCAAGGUGCAAGAGGACAUGGCAGAGGCAAUUGGAACAAAAGAGGUGGAUCAAAAGCUAAUGUGCAGCGUUACAAUUAUGAGCAGAUGGGUCAUUAUGCUUUACAAUGUACAAAUGCACCUGCAGCUAUCAAAGAUGAAAGGGCUUAUUGUACAAAAGAUGAAGGAGAUGAAGAAUCUACUUUAUUAUUAACAUGCAAUGCAAAAGAAGAAAAAGAUCAAAAAGCAUGGUUUUUGGAUUCGGGUGCAAGCAAUCAUAUGACGGGCAAGAAGAAUUUAUUUGUCACUCUUGAUGAAUCUGUGAAAAGUAGCAUUUCUUUUGGUGAUAAUACCAAAGUAUCCAUUGAAGGGAGAGAUGACAUUCUUAUUCAAACAAAAAAUGGGGCACAUCAGUUCAUUUCCUAG